GUAGUGCAUAGUUGGUUACCCUCCUCCUUGUCUUCUUCUUCCUGUCCAUUUGCCUUAAAGGAUGGUUCAUUACAUUGAAGGCCUUCAAUAUCAUGUUAGUCAUACCUUUUUUUUCCUUACAAGUCUAAACAUUUCCUUUAUUUAUAAUAGGUUGGUAACUUGGGUAACUGAACCUGAUUUGAAUUCCUGAGGCUUCUACUUGUUUGAAAUGAAAUUAAAAUUCACCAUCAGCUUGCUGCACCUCACAUGUCUUCACCAUAGCUCUAUUCACCAUCUUUACACUAAAUCAAAAAUAUUUUUUCUGAUGGAAUCAAGAAGCCUUUCAGCCUCUGGAAUAAGUGUGUUGAGGUCAGCAAAAGGCAUGCACAGUCAGCAUAAACAACAUGGAGAGAAAAGCAGCUGUCCACAAGCCAGUGGAUUACCCAUGUCAGAACUUAAAAUGAGGAAAAAGGACCAUGAGAAGUGUAAAGUGUGUAGUGAGUUAUUUUCUGCAGAUGAAAUGGUGUUUCAUAAAAAUAUACACACAGGAAUCAAACCACACAUUUGCAUUCUCUGUGAAUUACAGUUUAACACAAAAACAAGACUGAAAAUACACAUGAAGUGCCACAAUGGCAAGAAAGAGUUCAAAUGUGAAACGUGUGGCAAGGAAUGUCUUUCCAAAAAACUGCUCAAGCGUCACAUGGGCAGCCACAGUGAAGACCGUCCAUUUGAAUGCGACAUCUGCAGUCGUAAAUUCAAAAGAUCAUAUGAAGUUACGAAACAUAAAAAGAUUCAUCAGGGUGAGAAGAACCAUGUAUGUGAUGUUUGUGGCUAUGCAACAAUGCAUAAAGCAUGCCUGGAGACACAUCAGAAAAGACACCUUGGUGAUUAUUUGUUCAAGUGCGACAUUUGUGGUAAGGGAUUUUUUUCAAGUUUUGAGUUCCGAGAACACAAGAACAUACACACAGGUGAAAAACCUUACAUGUGUGACAUCUGUGGGAAGGCCUACACAUCUAAGAACAGCCUCAUGGCACAUAAGAAAACUCAUGAGCCUGAUGCUAAGCCCACAGAAAAGGUUCAUGAGUGUAAGAUAUGCAGCAAGAGAUUUAAGUACCGUAAAUCCCUCUUGGUACAUGUGAAAUCUCACUCUGGUGAAAAAUUCCUGUGUGACUUCUGUGGGAAGGCAUUCUCUACCAAAGACACUUUGAAACUUCAUCGGAGAAAUCACACGGGAGAGAAACCAAAUGUGUGUAAUGUGUGUGGUAAGGCAUUCAGUGCAUUAUACACUCUCAAAGUGCACCAACUCAUACACACUGGGGAAAAACCCCAUAUAUGUGACCAGUGUGGGAAGGCCUUCACACAGCGUUCCACUCUAGUUGUUCACAAAAGAUCUCACACAGGACAGAAACCAUAUGAGUGCCAUGUCUGUAACAGGACAUUUGUUUCCAGAACUCUCCUGAACUCACAUCUCAGGAGUCAUGGUGAACAGGCAUACUACAAGCAUAGUUUUUCAGUUGUGAAUUGAAGGUGUCAUUUGUAGGUGGACUGUGUCAUUUCUGAUCUGCACCCUGCAUAGAUACCUUGGGUUCACUGAAAGUGGCAUGGUUCAGUCAUUUGGCUUCCAUUUUACUUUUGUCAACUGCAACAUGUUUAUGGUUAACUUCAGUGUACUUUCUCAGCAUUCAAACUGUGUGCCUUCCAAAUUCAAUUCAGAUGUUUUCCAUUGGCAUAUUUCACAGUGAUGUUGAGGAUUUCCAAUGUAUAUGUAAAUUUUUUAAUCUUGGUAUUUUGAAGAAUUCUUAAUCAGCCCUUAUAUGCUGAAAGGGACUCAUUGUCUUGCUACAUCAUGAUAUUAUUAAAAAUGUUAUGUAUUAACAAGAACAACUUCAUGUGUGUCUAACGACCUCACAGAUUCAUUUGUAAUUGAAUCAUCCACUUUAAGAGGUGGGUUUUAUUUCUAACAUUCCCUGAAAUUUGCAAAGAUCUUGGAACAUUUAAAAUGGCUGUCUCCAAGAAACCACCCCUUCUUUGUUGUCCUACAAUAUGCCAAACCCAAAAGAAAUAUCAAAAGAUGAUUCAGAAAUGCCCGUGCUUAUAUUACCACAUCAUUUAUAAACCCACACUACCUUGUCCUUGUUAUUUCAUCAAAAUAUUAGUGCCCCACUGAGGUACCAAUGGUUUGAUUUUGCGUAUAUACUUAAAGGAACAAAGAUUAAUACCCUGCUCUGCUUAAAAUAUCAGUGACCUUACAAAUUGUUAAUGCUUUUAUUUAAAAAAAAACAGUCCCAUUCAGGAGGUUCAUAUCUUAUAACAAAAGGCUGUAGUACAAUAUACUUUUGAACAUGUGAUAGUUUCCAGACAGAUGAUUUCUUUUCAAUUAUAUGUCUCACAGGUCCACAAUAGUGUAUUUUCCUAGCAUCUAAAUUGUCAUGUAAAUGAAGAGAGAAAAUUAUCCAUGUAUAUACCAUGUCCAUCCUUGACAUGUCACUGUUUCCUUUGCCAUUAUAAACUUUCAUAUUAUAUAAAUAUACCCUUUUGUCAUUCAGUUUAUAGAUCUGUAUACUAAACUGUUUAAUGUUCCUUUGUUAUGUAUAAGCUGAAAACAACUAUCUUUGAAUAACCUUGAACACUAUUUAAAUGCUCAGUCAGACUGUAAUAUGUAGCAUGCACAUCAUCAAAAAAUUAUUAUUAUUAAUAUGCAUUCCAUGCACAAAGUGCAUAGGAAGAAUGCAUUAUGGGUUGGUUGUGUCUGUCCACCCAUCCAUCUCUCCAGUCGAUUCUACUUGAGAACCACUGGAUGGAUUUGGAUUAAAUUUGAUGUGAAGGCCGUGCUGUUCUGCACAACCUCAAAAUUGUACUUUUGAUUGUUCUAUGAGUGGUGACAACAAAAUGAUGGCUGAGGAAAUUUGAGAAGUAGAUGUCAAGGUGCUGCUGUCUGGUGGCCAAAGUGGAAACUAUCAAAUAGUGCAGAUUUAAUGCAAACAAAUGCACAUUACAAAGAAUUCAUGAGAAAAUAUUUGUAUGCCAGUGUAUUAUUAUUAAAACCAUCAGCAUAGUUUUCCAGAUUCUUCAUUAUUUCCGUCUUCCAUCUUAGAAGGCAAAUUUCUGUUGUCACUGAAAUAGCAAAAUCUCAUUAAGAAGAAAUGUCUUCUUUUCUAAUGUGAACCAUACCUUUGAAUGUGCUCCAUUUGUACAAAUAUUACAUACAAACAAGUGUAUUUCCUUUUUAAUGACAUCAAUGAGCUUGAAUGGAUUUGAGGAGAAGUAGUGACUGUAUUAUCCAGAUAUUCACCCAGAAUGACGAAGAGUAACCAUGGAAAUCCUGUCAUAAUACUCUGUGUCAUAGGCGAGGUUCAAACCAGGCAUCUUCCAAAUACAAACCAGAAUCAUUAUUGCUUGGCUUCGUACCAUAAGUUUUAUUUUGCAUUCACUUUCCUGGACUCUGUAUAUAUCUUGAAAUAAGACUGUUAGCACCUGAGUAGAGCAAACACAACUGUAAGUGUACAUGGGUUAACCCACUUUUCAACUUUCAGUUGCCAGCCAUUUAUAUAACUGCUUCAGUAAUGAGGAGUAUUUAUCAGCACACAGAUAAAGUGUUCCAAGAAGAGAGACAGUUACACAGGAUCAUGUAGAAACGAGGGGUUUCAGACACAAACUGUCCUUGACUAGGCUGAGAAUGCUGCAUAUCUUGGGUGUUGAGGACAUUUGAAUGUGCCACAUUGGAAUCCAGCAUGGUUAGACAGACUUUGAACAGAAAGCCUUGAUGUGGCUCCUUCUCAAGCUUCCUCAUCCCUAACUCCGACUGACCAAUUUACAUGACGUAAUCCAAAUAUAAACAGCCUGGGGAUUAAUGGUUUAGCAGUAUGUUAGUGUGAUGCACCACUAGCUGGACAAAAUGAAAGACACAACAUAUGGAUGACAGAUGUUAAACAUAAAAAUCAGCAGAAUAUGAAUUAUUUAUAACAAGUUCAUCAUAUAUAAAAUCUAUGGCACCUCUUCUCAAUUAGGAACAGUGACAGGACUUUCCUUUGCUGCUAUCCUGGGCCUCGAAAAAUUUUGUGCAUUUCUUAUAAUCAUUGGUCAGAACCUAAGUUCACUGACAAAUGAGUAUGAGUGAGAGAGACUGCGUGCUUAUUCCUAUCAAACAUGUUGGCCACUUUUACAAGUUCGGAUAGCAUCUUAAAAAAUGUCAUGACUGUAACCUCACCAUUUCUUCCCAGUUCACCAUAUAUAUUCAUCCACACACACACACACACACUAUAUAUAACAUUUGCAGUUGAUACAACAUUGUUAAAUAAACUAUGAACCAACUACAUCUUCAUGUGUGAAGAAUUGAGAUGACACAGCUGCUGUAUUAAAAUCUUAAGAAAACUGAAAAUUUACUGAAGAAUGUUCAAUGAAAACUGCUUCAUUUUAUUUUAGGUAUUCAGUUAAUGAACAUGUUUUGUUAUAAUAAUUGCAGUUAAGUUUAGUUUCCAUUAAGUAUUUCUGCAUUGUUACUAGUGGCAUUCAAGUCAAAAUGCUGUGCACAUACAAUUUAAGUAUUAUGUUGAAGUUGUAUGUUUGGACUGGGAGACAUCAAAUGAGAAACAUUUAGUUAUUCAGUUUAACUGUCUAAAAUGGUGUAAAAUUUUCCUCUCUAGUCCAUUUCCAGUGGGUUUAUUUACAUUAUAAUGAAAUGGAUGGCCAGGUUUGAUUCCUGCAAAGGCUAUGGGAAUUCUUCUUUUCACCACCAUGACAAGGCCUAUUGGGUGCUGGGAGCUCUUUACCUUGGAAUGAAGUGACUAGAAGCUGUCCCCUCACCUUAUCUAAUGCAUAGGUAAAAAGUGUGUGACAUAUUGUCUUUGCCUAUUUUACACCUCCAGGACAUAGUGCCAAGUCAUAUAGAUAAUGUGACGUAGGUUGGUACACUCUUUAAUUGUCAACCCUGAUUUAUUCCGGC